CUUUUGCAAGAUGUAAAUUUUUUUUUUUUUUUUUUUUUUAAAUUGAACUUAAAAUAAUAUUUUAUCAUGAAUUGAUUUGUUUUUGGAUGAAUGAUGGGGUCACCAACCUGCCAAAUUCAAUGAAUCCCCACCGUACAAGAUCCAGUUUGUCUCAGAACGUGCGAUAAUCUAAUCGAAUAUCUUGGUUGGUACUACACCAAGUUGACGACUCUCUCUCCGCCGAUCUCCACAGCAGAUUCGCCGGAGCAAACCAGUAUCACAGCCGGAAAAAGUAGUGUGAAAGGUCUUCUUCAAAAAGCAAGAAACCAUGGCUUCCGUCACUCAAUUGCAAAGACAAUUUAUCGAGUACACAACGUCUCUGUAUAAUGAGGGAUAUCUUGAUGAUCAAUUCACACAACUUCAGAAGCUGCAAGAUGAGAGCAACCCUGACUUUGUGGUUGAAGUGGUGUCCCUUUUCUUUGAAGAUUCUGAGAAGCUUCUUAACAAUUUGGCAACUGCUCUUCAACAGAAAGUUGUGGAUUAUAAGCAGGUUGAUUCUCAUGUCCACCAGUUCAAGGGUAGUAGUUCCAGCAUAGGGGCACAACGAGUCACAAACAUGUGUGUUCACUUCAGGAACUUCUGUGAGGAGAAAAACCUUGAGGGGUGUCUGCAGUGUCUGCAGCAAGCAAAACAUGAAUACAUUCUGGUUAGGAACAAACUGGAAGCCUUGUUCAGGUUGGAGCAACAAAUCUUGCAAGCAGGGGGGUCGAUCCCUAUGAUGGAAUGAAUAGGUUUGUAUGUUUGGUGGUUUUCAUAUGGAAAGCGGAAGCUAGUGAGUAGAGAUUAUGUGAAUACCUUCUUUACUAUUUACUAUUUAUUGUUUUUCAUCAUCAUCAUCGUCAUAUGCUUAUCAACUUUGUAUGUUAUGUUAUGUUUCAUGUUUGAUUAUUAGAAUGAUGUGUACCUUGCUUCUUGUUGUAACCUACCUUGUCUACUUUCUUGUGUGAAUACCGCUUUUUAUGGUAUGUUUAUCGACUUCAUUUUUGUGUUUUAUAAUCGUUUUUGACAAAUUUGAUUGGUUAACAUGUGGUUUGAUGUAACAUGAAUAUUUGUAGUUAUCUAUUUGGUUAUUGUUUAUGAUUAUAGAUUUAUUUUUAUGUGUAAAUAAACGAAAGUAUUUUCACUAAUUUGAGUUCUUGAUAUUUUUAUCUUUACAUAUACAAAGGGAAGGUUACUAUAAUAAAU